AUGCGGAGUCCGCGCCAGAGUGCAUCUUCCUCGGAUGCUCUGAAGGGGAGGGAUGCCCGGCUGCAUCCGCCCAAGGCUCUUCUUUGUUUGCGCGUAACCGGGAGAGGCCGCGGAGGUAGCCGGGACUCACGCGGAGGAUUCAUCCUUGCUUCAAGUCGGUCCUUGUUUCCAGCUCCCAUGGGGACCACUGAAGCCACGCUCCGGAUGGAAAACGUGGACGUGAAGGAAGAAUGGCAGGACGAAACUCUGCCCAGGCCACUCUCGGAAGAGACGGGGAUGGACUUGCUUGGCAGUGCCACAGAAGACACAUCCUCCCCUCCCAACACUCUAAACUUCAACGCGGCUCAUCGUAAGCGGAAGACGCUGGUGGCCCCCGAGAUCAACAUUUCCCUGGACCAGAGUGAGGGCUCCCUGCUGUCCGAUGACUUCCUGGACACCCCUGAUGACCUGGAUAUCAACGUGGAUGACAUCGAGACCCCAGAUGAGACCGACUCGCUGGAAUUCCUGGGGAACGGCAAUGAAUUGGAGUGGGAAGAUGACACCCCUGUGGCCGCCGCCAAGAAUAUGCCUGGGGAUAGUGCGGACCUGUUUGGGGAUGGCUCGGCCGAGGAUGGCAGUGCCGCCAACGGGCGUCUGUGGCGGACAGUGAUCAUUGGGGAACAGGAACACCGGAUUGACCUGCACAUGAUCCGGCCCUACAUGAGGGUGGUGACCCACGGAGGGUACUACGGGGAAGGUCUCAACGCCAUCAUCGUCUUUGCCGCCUGCUUCCUCCCAGACAGCAGCUCCCCCGACUACCACUACGUCAUGGAGAACCUCUUCCUGUACGUCAUCAGCAGUCUGGAGCUCCUUGUGGCCGAGGAUUACAUGAUCGUGUACCUGAAUGGUGCCACGCCUCGGCGGAGGAUGCCCGGCAUCGGCUGGCUGAAAAAGUGUUACCAGAUGAUUGAUAGGAGAUUGCGGAAAAACCUGAAGUCCUUAAUCAUCGUCCACCCAUCCUGGUUCAUCCGCACCGUGCUGGCCAUCUCCCGCCCUUUUAUCAGCGUCAAAUUCAUCAACAAGAUCCAGUAUGUGCACAGCUUGGAAGAUCUGGAGCAGCUCAUCCCCAUGGAGCACGUGCAGAUCCCAGACUGCGUGCUACAGUACGAAGAGGAAAGGCUCAAGGCCAGGAGAGAAAGCGCAAGGCCGCAGCCAGAGUGCGUCCUGCCCAGGUCUGAAGAGAAGGCGGAGGCGGGGCUGGCGGAGGACAGGUCUGCUCUGGCCACAGAAGAUCAGGAAACAAGCAUGUCCUGA